CCCAUUUUUAAUCGCAAUCUCGAGCUUGCGGUUUCGUGCCUCUCUCUUCUCCCUCCCUCUCUAAAACACUCUCCUCUGUCUAUAAGUAAAGCCAUGGCUCUUCUCUUCUGGUUUGGAUCUGGAUCUCUUCCAGUAAAGCUUAGUCGCUAAAGAUAAGCUGGAUCUUUGCCACAUUUCUCUCUCGUUUUGCCUUAAACGCGGCUAAAUUUGUCAGAUCCCUUGCCUUUUCCGGCUUAGUGAGCUUGAAGAAACCCUAAUGGAAGCUGGCCGCCCUUUGGUGCCACAAAUGUGGCUCUUUUUCUUCGUGCUUUUGUUCUUUAAUGGAAACUGCUUCUAUCUACCUGGUGUUGCGCCUGAGGACUUUGAAAAGGGUAGCUUUCUGAAUGUGAAAGUGAACAAGCUGACCUCAACAAAGACGCAGCUUCCAUAUUCAUAUUAUUCUCUGCCUUACUGUCAUCCUGAGAAGAUCACCGAUAGUGCUGAGAAUCUUGGGGAAGUUCUCCGCGGUGAUCGCAUUGAAAACUCCCCAUAUGUGUUUCAAAUGAGGAUUCCACAGAUGUGCAAUGCGGUUUGUAAGAUAACUCUUGAUGCAAAGGCUGCAAAGGAUUUCAUUGAGAAAAUAGAUGAGGAGUACCGGGUGAACAUGAUCCUUGAUAAUCUUCCUCUGGUUGUUCCUGUUAAACGAUCUGAACUGGACACAACAAUUUACCAACAUGGUUUCCAUGUUGGCUUCAAAGGCCGAUAUGCUGGGAGUACAGAAGAGCGGUACUUUAUCCACAACCAUCUAUCGUUUGUUGUCAAGUAUCACAGUGAUCUUGAGGCAAGCACUGCUAGAAUUGUUGGAUUUGAGGUCAAGCCAUACAGUGUCAAGCAUGAUUAUGAAGGUGAAUGGUCUGAGAAGACCCGUUUGUCGACUUGUGACCCACAUGCUAAACAUACGGUUACCGGGUCCGAUGCUCCUCAAGAAGUUGAGGAGAACAAGGAAAUGCUAUUUACGUAUGAUGUCGCUUUUGAGUCAAGUGAGGUGAAGUGGGCAUCUCGAUGGGACACAUACCUUCUUAUGACUGAUGAUCAAAUCCAUUGGUUCUCCAUUGUGAACUCCCUCAUGAUUGUCCUCUUCCUCUCAGGCAUGGUGGCCAUGAUCAUGAUGCGAACCCUCUAUCGAGAUAUUUCAAAAUACAACCAACUCGAGACCCAAGAAGAAGCUCAAGAAGAAACUGGCUGGAAACUGGUCCAUGGCGAUGUGUUUAGACCCCCAAGCAAUUCCGACAUCCUCUGUGUCUAUGCAGGCACAGGGGUCCAAUUCUUUGGCAUGAUCCUUGUAACCAUGAUCUUUGCGAUGUUGGGUUUUCUCUCUCCAUCAAACCGAGGUGGCCUAAUGACUGCUAUGCUUCUCCUUUGGGUCUUCAUGGGGCUCUUUGCUGGAUACGCCUCAGCACGCCUCUACAAAAUGUUCAAAGGCACUGAAUGGAGACAGAUAACCCUAAAGACUGCCUUCACUUUUCCUGGUAUUGUCUUCGCCAUAUUCUUUGUUUUGAAUGCCCUCAUUUGGGGUGAGAAGUCCUCUGGCGCUGUCCCUUUUGGCACCAUGUUUGCCCUAGUUUUUCUUUGGUUUGGCAUCUCGGUUCCACUAGUUUUCGUUGGAAGCUACAUUGGUUUCAAGAAACCUGCAAUUGAAGACCCUGUUAAGACCAAUAAGAUACCUCGACAAAUACCUGAACAAGCUUGGUACAUGAACCCUGCCUUCUCGAUCCUUAUAGGAGGGAUCCUUCCUUUUGGGGCAGUCUUUAUCGAGCUCUUCUUUAUCUUGACCUCUAUUUGGCUCCACCAAUUCUACUAUAUCUUUGGCUUCCUCUUCGUGGUCUUCCUAAUACUCCUCGUCACUUGUGCUGAGAUAACCAUCGUGCUAUGCUAUUUCCAGCUCUGCAGUGAGGACUAUCUAUGGUGGUGGAGGUCUUACUUGACAUCGGGUUCUUCAGCUCUCUAUCUCUUCCUCUAUGCUGCUUUCUACUUCUUUACGAAGCUUGAAAUCACGAAGCCAGUGUCUGGGUUGCUCUACUUUGGAUACAUGCUCAUAGUCUCAUAUGCUUUCUUUGUGCUUACUGGCACGAUUGGGUUCUAUGCAUGCUUCUGGUUCACCAGACUCAUAUACUCAUCAGUGAAGAUAGACUGAUGAGUGUGUAUUUGUGCUUUAGUGGAGAGAGUGGCUUAGCUAAGAAGGUAAAGUUAACCGAGCAUUUUUGGGUUCGGUUUUGGGUUUGGUUAGGGCUCUUCGAUUCGGUUAGCAGCAAUUGUUUAGACCUCAAUGAUUUUGUAGUAAUUGUACCUUUUCUUUCUCUCUUUUUCUUUUGUGUUUUUUUCCGUUCGAAUUUCUUUAUUGGAUUGAUGAAGAGGUGCAGUGAAUUGCUUACGAUGAAUUGUCCUUAUAUUUGCUCAAA